AUGGACAUGCUGAAGGGAUAUUACGAGUCUGUGUACAAUGCGAGGUGGCAUCAUGUCGUGGAAGUCCCUGGUGGCGAGGGGACUGAAAUGGAGGUGAAGGAGGGGAAACCGAAACACUCAUGGAAUUACAAGAAAGUUGGCGACACUCUCGAAAAGGAUGACGGUGUGCAGCAAUCCGGUGCACCGCGUCCCAGGCUGUUGGUUCUCACCUCGGACAAGGCAUGGCCGUACACGUGGGCGGGGAGUGAACAUAUUUGUGACUGCUGUGUGAACUGUGAGGUUGAUCGAGUGUGGCAGAUCGUCAAGCGCGAUCUAACGGAGUGGUUCAGCCCUCACGGUCGGACCGUGUUUUCGCCUAUGAAGCGUGUGUUGAUUGGGACGCCCGGGAUCGGGAAGUCGAUGGGUGCCGGCUCGUACCUUCUCUAUCAGCUGCUGCACUACGAUGCCGAGAAACUCCCAAUGGUUGCGUACAUUAUUAAGGAAUCAGUAUACCUGUUUGACAAGACUAAAAAAUCUGUAUCAGAACUCAGGAACGAGGACGCUUUCGUGGGUCUUUUGCAAUAUCUCACUCGACGUGGUGUGAAGGGUCAUAUUAUCUACGAUGUGGCAAAACAGGGGAGGGAACCGCAUCCUGGUUUACCUUUCACUCUGUGGGGCAUGAUUGUGGUGACACCACCAGACAAAAACAACUUUCAAGGAUGGAUGGAUCAAAAUAAAGCAAUGGGAAUCGCAAUGAAUUGCCCCGAUGAGAGCGAUGUGAGGGCAUUAUGCGUUUGGAUGAAGCACAAUGAGCCAAGGGAACAAGGUGAAUACUGGAAGCAGGUGAAGGAACGCAUGGAUGAAGUGGGACCGAUUCUUCGCGUCAUCUUUGACACGCAAAGCUUUAAUAACCGGAAAAAAGAUAUCGGCGAAGCCAUAAAUGUUGUUGACAGUUCCAAUGCUAAGCAUUACGUUGGCGUGAUGAGUGACGAAUUAUGGGAGGCUGUGAAUGCGUCUCAACUUGUGCAAAUUGUCCGACUGAGAAGGGAUUUACCGACUGAAACAUAUCUCAAUUCUCCAGCCUCCCAUGUGAUUGCCAACAAAAUUUAUAUUCAUCUAUCGACGAAAAUGCAUUUUAUGGAAAUUUUUAAGCUACUCAUGCAUCCCGACGUCAUUUUGUUAUCUAUCUUUUUGGAGAUGUCAGGCACGGUCACGUUUAUGUGUAGAGGUGCUGUGAAUAUAAUAAUAGGAAAACUCAAGGAACUGAAACCACCAGAAGGACGCGCUUUCCAGCCAGCGGCGCUGCAAAGGAACCCUCAAGGGCACCCUACUGAAUUUGUUGGAUUACCGACAAAGCAAGGCCUUCCUCUGGAGAAGAAUUUCGCAAGGUACGGGGUGAUGUACAAACCAGCCGUCGGGAACUUUCCGCUUGUGGACGCCUUUUUCUUCAUGGAGUCACCGCGGAGGACACUGGUUGGACUGCAGAUGACUACGGCACAUGAUCACCACACCAAAACCAGCACUGUGAAGCAGUUCACUGAGUACCUAUCGUGGUUCUUUACGAAUUGGGAGGAAUUUGCUCAAGGUUUGUCGUGGGAGAUUAUUUAUGUACAACACGCAGACAGCAAGCCGAUGGAAAACUGCCAGAGAUGUGAUGUCGUCAAUCCCAACAAUGAAACCGACGCUGAAAAAAAAAUUGUGGCGUUCUGGGAUAAAAAGGUACGCCAGUACCAGUUUGUGUUAACACGUGAUUUUGUAAGUAAAAUCCGAGAAAUGAGAACACAAUAA